AGUAAGACAGGGAUGGAUUACGUCUGUUGUCAUUAGUAUUAACACAUUGCUUGUGUCUUAAAUAAACACCAAGACUCCGAAGGAGCCUUGAGGAAUGUCCCUCUAACUUCAAGACGUGGUUUCUGCAUUCUUGCUUAACCAAUCGGUUGUUAGCGGGAGGAGUCCCACCGGUGGACCUGAGGGACGGAUCGCGGUGUUUCACGAGUUCGGUGGAGCGUUUGUCGACUCCGAAGGUACAAGGUCUGGUGGGGGGCUAACCGGGGGUGUCGGCUCCGGUACAAGCGAGCGACAUGCUCCCGCCUCAGAGAAUCGCGGGCCGAGAGCGGAGAGCAUUUCACUGGCGGACCGCGUCACCGUGGACCACGUGCGUGAGAGUGGCGUGUUGCAGUCGCCUGCGCUUCAUGUGGUUCGCUCUGAUGGUGCUGACAGUCCUCUGCGUGGCACUGCAGAUGCUGGGAGUCGUCCGACAGGCCAGGAGCGCCAAGGUUUUGAAAAUUGUGAGUGAGCAGCUGGUCAGAAUGCCUCCAGAGAUCCACAGGCCCAUAAAGCACAAUGACUGGGAAAACCUUUGGUCUGUUUCAGCAGCCAUUGCCGAGGAACCAGCGGACCAGCAUCCUUUCAUACAGAGAAGAGAUGAAAGCGAAAACCCUCGUUCAGAAGAGAGAAUUGAAGAAGUCUUGGAGGAUAAAAUAAAAAAGCUUACUAGCACCACCAAAGCAGCUCCACCAAUAGAGGCGAAUAAACUCUGGCUUGGCCAGGAAUUUCCAAACCAGCCACAGAGGCCAGCUUUCCCCAGAAGGGCCCCAGAAAUAAAAAUAACACCAUACUCUGAUGACAAUAAAUAUAGAGUAAAAUCACAAGUUGACAACACUGUCACGUGUCAGCCCAAAAACCACAUUGUCUUCCUCAAGACGCACAAGACUGCUAGCAGCACCAUACUAAACAUUCUCUAUCGUUAUGGGGAAAGCCAUAAUCUGACCUUUGCCCUGCCGCUGAACAUGCACAGCCAGUUAUUUUACCCAGCAUUCUUUGCAGCACACUUUGUGGAGGGUGUCAGGACUCGCAGUGUGAAGAAGUUCCACAUCCUGUGCAAUCAUAUGAGAUUCAGCUCACAAGAGGUGAGGAAAGUGAUGCCGAAAGACACAUUCUACUUUUCCAUUCUUCGGAAUCCAGUGGCAAUGAUGGAAUCCCUGUUUGUUUACUACAAAGCGAUCCCAGCUUUCCGUACUGUCAAAAGCCUUGAGGACUUUCUGAUCCAUGGUGGGCGGAGCUACAACGCCUCUGUGCCUAAUAACCACUAUGCACGUAACAUUUUGACCUUUGACUUUGGUCUGGAUAAUACAGCACCUGUGAACGACACUGAGCUGGACAGACGUAGCACUGAGGUCAUCGCUGCCAUUGAACGUGACUUUCCGCUAAUCCUCAUCUCAGAGUAUUUUGAUGAAUCGCUGGUGCUUUUAAAACACGCCCUCUGCUGGACACUGGAUGAUGUGUCAUCUUUCCGCCUCAAUAGUCGCAGUGAACGCUCGCGCAGGCCCUUAAGCGCAGAGACCACAGAGCGAGUAAAAGAGUGGAAUUCACUAGACUGGCGAUUGUACCAGCACUUUAAUAACACUUUCUGGAAACGCAUAUACUCCACACUCGGGCAGGCGAAGCUCCAACAGGAAAUUGAACUUCUAAGGGCAAAGAGGAGGAAUCUUGAGCAAAUGUGUCUUCAGGAAGGAGGGGCGGUAGAUCCUGCGCAGGUCCAGGAUUCAUCACUGAAGCCGUUUCAGUAUGGUGCAGCAGUUAUUCAAGGUUAUAACCUCCGACUGGAGUUAAAUAAUGACACACGUCAGCUUUGUCAGAGGUUGAUUACACCUGAACUACAGUACACCUCAGUUUUGUACACCAAACAGUUUCCUCUGCUGGCAGCUGCGCGUGCCACUGCUGCAAAAAAGAUUGCGGCUUCCAGAAACACUGCAACGCACAGAGCUGUUAAGCGCAAUAUUGAGACAAAUGUUCACACAGCAAUGCCGAACAAUACCUCACAUAACAAUACAAAUAAAGCCAUUGUGGAUGAACAUAGCUUGCACAUUUUAGCUUACUCUGUUGUUCAAAAUGAGAGGCAAAACAGUUUUGAUGUAACAAGACACUAUAAAGAAAUAAAAAGAAACUCACAUAAACAUACCGCACGAAAACACUUUAUAAACUCAAACAUUCAUAAAGAACCACAAGAACCUGGUUUACUGAGAUGAAUUCUUUAAACAGAACUCAUAACAGAAAUAAUUAACUAAGGAGCAGUAAGUGAAUAAAAGAUUUGAUUGUGCAAAAAUCUGCUGUCCAACGUAAAUAGUGUAACUGUGAAUUAUGAAGCACAGCGCAUUACCAACUUGAAAAAGGGAAGUUUUCGGCCUCGCUGACUCCUGAUUAGGCUUGAGUAUGAUUUAAAUUGGAUAAAUUUGCAUUCUUAUCAAUUCCCAGUUUCGAUUCAAAUGUGGUUAAAAAAAAUGAAGUUAAACAUAUUAAUUCUUUGUCUCAGUGUUCCCAGCAUCAUUAAAUGUGACCUCACAUUUAGAAUACAAUCAACACCAUUCCAUUAAGCACAGUUUAUAUUUUUUUUUUUUACAAUGCUUUUAACAACUUUAAUCAUCCAAGUGCAACUUUAUACAGAUUUAAAGCGUUAUCACCUGGCGAGCAGUGUUUCUGCAUCACAUUUUCAGCAAAUGCUUUCCUCCGGUGCUCAAUCUGCAGUGCUACAGCAAAAGAAAUCAUAUUUAUCCCUGAAUUGUUAAUUUGAUUUUGUUGUUUGGGUCGAAUGUGAUGCAACAAAAAGAAAUGUUUUGCUAUUAAGUUCUCACAGACUGCUCGUUAUAAUAAAAAUACAGUACAAUGAUAGCAGUGUAGUCCGAUUCACGAACAAAUGAUUCUUAUGAGCUGGUUCUUUUUGUGAGUCAAAAAUAUAUGGAACGAUUAACCAUUGACUCCUACGAUGAGAUGGUUAUUUUUAGUGAAUCAAAAGCAUAUAUCGAGACCAGUGUAGUCCAGUUUCAGAAGGAAAUGACUCUUAUGAGCAAAUGCAGUUUAGCGAAUCAAAAACACACAUCCCAACUGGAGACAUUGAAGAAUGAACCAGUUCUUUUAAUGAGUCGUUCAAAAAGAUGAAUUGUUUGACAAAAUGUUGACUGAAUUGAAUUCAAAGACAAUGACUCAUCAUCUGACUCACUUAAUGAACUAGGCCUAGUUAUCAUUAUAAUGAUGCCCGUAUCAAAAUGAAUCAAUGUUUAUAUUGAUGUCCAUGACAGUGGUUUGUUAAAGAUAGCCUACAGUUUUUUUUAAUAGGCUAAAUUAAACAAUAUUUGUUAGGAAUGGUAGCCUGUUAUCAAAGUUUUGAAUAAAAUAUGGUGUCUCUGUGUGACAUCUAUUAAUGUAUUUCUGCUUUACCCUCCGGCAAAACCAGUGAUACCUAAUUUGUGCUCUUAAAUUGACACAGACUAUGAUUAUGGUGUGAGACAAUAAUAAACAAGUGUGAUUCAUUGUCUUAGAAGACUAAGUAAUGUCUCGUUUACCUUGUUUGCACUUUCUGUUUGGACUUAAAUCAUCUCAUUUUUAUGAAAAUGAUUUUCCAGUUGUAGACCAGAAGAGGCUUACUGUUCCUCUUCAGCUGUGUUUUGCGUUUCGGAAAAUGCAAAGCUUUCUGUUCAAUAUAAAACCAAUGGUUCGAUUUUUCAAUGUGAGUCAGAAGUUUAUGUAACCUGGAUAAAGUGUGUGUUUGGUCUCUGCAAAAGUACAGAAUCAGCUCAACUAGGUUUUUGUUAUAAUUGUAAUUGGGAAUUGACCUAUACAGCAGUAUUGUGAAUAACUUUGAUAAUAGGUAUAAACUUUAUAAAUCCAGCUAUCGUGUGGCUUUUCAAUUCGAUUUGUUAUUAAAUGUCACUGGAACAAAGUGGAAAAUAUGUCACUGGCGUUUUCAGACACAUGAAUCAAAGCCUAAUGUAAAAUACACCGAAUGGAUCUAUUAGAUUUUCCUUUACUAUUUCUGACAUUCCGUUCUUUUAUAAAUACAGUGGCUUCUAAACGUAUUCAGACACUAAGGACACACACUUAAAGUUUGCUAGUGCUGUGGCAUAGUUGUGCACAGGACAAUAAGAGCUGUUGGCUCAGGUUUGAGUUUGACCUGGUUCGUGAUCCCAUUUUAUCUUUCCUAUCUGCAUUCUGCUGUCCUUUAAAUAACAACAAAAUGACCUAAAAUAAAAUGAUCUAUAAAGAGAAUGUAUGGACUGCAUUGUAUUAGAUAAAAAUAUCAAACCAGGUGAAAUCAACAAACAAAACAUAAAAUAUUAGAAUUUUCUCAGGAUUGACUGAUGUUUAUGUUAUGUUUAUACACACUAGAUCGAUCACGUGUAGUUCACUAUGAACCUGAUCCAAGUCUAAAAGUCCAAAUAAUUUGGUCUUGUUGGUUAAUUAAUUUAUAAUAAAUGUCAUUUCAUACAAUAAUUUAAUUGAAAAGUCUUUAAAGUGAACACUUCUUGGUUUGGUAUUUUAUUAUGCAGUACAAUGGCAAAUAUUUAAUAGAGCCUUUGUUUCUCACAAGCGGAACCCUAAUUAAUGUAAACAUUCUUUAUUAUGAUGGAUUUAAUACAACGUACAUGUACAAAACCAGUUUGAAAAUCCAAUGCAUUACUGAGGCCAAAUUAAAUGAAGAAAGCAAUCAAAAUCAAUGAAGAAAGCAGACUUAUGAUCAGGGCUAAUGAUUACUGGCAGGUCUUACUGAGUCUCUGAAGGACCUGGACCCAGAAUGACUUACUAGCCUUCAUAAAAGAUCAUCUACCAAAGUCUCAGAGCUUUAAUCUAAAUUUCUCUUUAAUGUUAUACAGAAAUAUACUGUAUAUGUAUAUCUCUGAAAGCUACAGUAUAUUUGGUACUGUUUUGUAUUUAUUAAUAAAAGAUGCUUCUCUGGU